AUGACGCCUCUACGAGACUGGACACACCUCUUCCUCGUCUUCCUCUGCGUACUCGGCGCCCCCUCAAGUCCGAAUUUGAACGACGCAGCACCAUCAAUGGCGCCUGGGACUCUGGUGGAGAGGCAGGCGGGAAGUGCAUACAAGCUGCAGAUUGAAUACAGCGGAAAGACGUUCUUUGAUGGAUGGGACUUCUUCGACGAGCCAGAUCCGAGCAAUGGCUUGGUCAACUAUGUCAGUUCGAGUACAGCUUUCGCCCGCGGACUUGCUUUUUGGACCGCAGACGGCACUCCAGGCAUACAAGCAGAUCAUUGGACUACCCUACCAAUCGGCACUACUCGUGACUCUAUCCGUCUUACCACCCGCCAGCUCUUCUCCGGAGGGGUCUUCAUGAUCGACGUCAGGCUGAUGCCUUGGGGAUGUGGAGUGUGGCCAGCUUUCUGGACUCUAGGCUACCACGGGACGUGGCCGUUGGCCGGAGAAAUCGACAUCAUCGAGGGGAUUCAGGCGAUGAACCGGAAUCAAAUGACCAUACAUACCAAGCCCGGCUGCGUAGUCGACCAGACCCCUGGCAGAUUCAGCGGGCAGCUACUGAACCCAAUAUGCGAUCGAGCAUCAGGCGGAACAGGCUGCUCUAUCGUCUCAACCUCACCCAUAUCGUUCGGAGAGCAAUUCAACGCGCAAGGUGGCGGGGUGUUCGCCAUGCAGUGGGAUGGGGAUGGGAUUAAGAUGUGGAACUGGAUCAGGAAGGACAUCCCGGCUGAUGUCACAAGAGGUGCUCCCGUCCCAGCAGGCUGGGGACAGCCAGUCGCUGCGUGGGGCGCAGCAACAUGCAACCCGUUCGAAUACUUCAAGCCUCAGACCUUGAUCCUCAAUCUGAAUCUUUGCGGUGACUGGGCGGGUGGGCUAUACAACCAAUUUCCGUACUGUCCCGGUACAUGCGCGGAGCACAUUGCCAAUCCCGAAAACCUCAAGAACGCCAUCUGGCUCGUCAACUCCAUCCGAGUGUACCAGCCACAAGGCCAGCCUCCCAUCCCAGAGCAGGCGCCGACCAACGCGAACUUGACGGGCAGUCCGGGACCGGUCAAUAUCGUCCGACCAGUGGCGGACAACAGCGGCGCGAUGAACAGAGUGACUACGCUGGCGUCCUGGGUACCAGCGCAAGUCAUCCUUGGUCUUAGUGGGUUAUCGGUCAUAGGUCUGGCAAUUGUCUGA